UGUCACUGCCACUACGUUAACGAUUCAUCGAUGGCGCAUACAGCAACACUGCGCCGCAAUGUUUACCAACACUGAUUAACCACCACAUUAACCCACGCAGCAGCAACAACAACAACAACAACAAAAUUACGCGAUAAACAAAACGAAGCCGAUUUUAGCAAUUAAACGCAAUGAGUGGAGUUAAUACCACAGCAGCAUCACAGGAUGCCUGCUAUAUAUCGCUGCUCGGACUCGCCGAAUACUUCCGUACCUCACAGCCGCCAAAUAUAAAGAAGUGCAUACAAUGUUUACAGGCGCUCUUCACUUUUCAGCCGCCUUCAAAGGUGGAGGCGCGCACACACCUGCAAAUGGGGCAAGUGCUAAUGGCCUACACGCGCAACAUAGAUUUGGCGCGUCAGCAUUUGGAGCAGGCGUGGAGCAUAUCAGAGCCGCUAAUGAAUUUUGAUGAUGUCAAAUUUGACACGGCGUCGCUUCUGGCACAGCUGCAUCUGCAAACGGAGCAAAGUUCACACGCCAAAGCGAUGCUGCGACGUGCGGUGGAGCUAUCACAGAACAAUGUCUAUUGGCAUUGCAAGCUGCUCCUGCAACUGUCCCAGAUACACGCCAACGAUCGUGAAUAUUCGCUUGCCAGCGAUCUGUUGGCCGUGGGCGCCGAAUCUGCCGAGGAGGCGGGCGCCACAUACCUAAAGGUGCUAUUUCUGCUGUCACGCGCAAUGAUCCUAAUGAUUGAACGGAAAACGAACGAUGUGCUGGCGCUGCUUAAUUCAGCGGGCCAGAUAAUCGACAAUAACAUACCCAAUCCGCAUCAGAAGGAGUAUCUUAAGGUGUUUUUCCUGGUGCUGCAAGUGUGCUACUAUCUGGCACUGGGGCAGGUCAAAACGGUGAAGCCCAGUUUAAAGCAGCUACAAAUGUCCAUACAGACCAUUAUGGCGCCGAAUUGGCCCAGCGAUGAGGUCAUCUUUGGUGCCAAUCAGUUGGAGAUGUUUGUUUGGCUGCCCAAGGAACAGCUUUAUGUGCUUGUGUAUCUCGUCACCGUCUCGCACUCCAUGAUGGCCGGCUACAUGGACAAGGCGCAAAAGUAUACGGAAAAGGCGCUAACACAAAUCGAGAAACUGAAACUGCAGGAGGACAAAUCCAUAUUAUCCGUCUUUAAGGUCAUCUUACUGGAGCAUAUUGUCAUGUGUCGCAUGGUCAUGGGCAAUCGUGAGCUAGCCAUACGUGAGAUAGCCGCUGCUCGCGAUGUGUGUAUAGCGGCGCCACAUCGUAACCUGCUUAAGCGUCAUUCGGCGCAGCUGCAUUGCCUUAUCGGUUUGUAUUCCAUGUCCACGAGCUUCUUUGAGCAUGCGGAGCGGCAGUUUUUGGUGUGUGUGAACGAGACUGGCGAAAGGGAUCUCAAGCUCUUUGCCAAUCUCAAUCUGGCCAUCAUAUAUCUGCGCACCAAACGGGAAGCAGACCUCAAGCAAAUACUCGACGCAGUGUCCACGGAGAAUACGCACACGUACAGCAGUCAGGCGCUAAUGGGUGGCUUCUACUAUGUCCAGGGAUUGCAUGCCUUCCACAAAAACAGCUUUCAUGAGGCCAAACGGUUCUUGCGCGAAACGCUUAAAAUGGCAAAUGCGGAGGACUUGAAUCGCCUGACCAGCUGCUCUCUGGUGCUACUCUCGCAUGUCUUCCUUAGCAUAGGCAACUCCAAGGAGAGCAUGAAUAUGGUGACGCCAGCCAUGCAAUUGGCGAGUAAAAUACCUGAUAUACAUGUGCAGCUGUGGGGCUCGGCGAUACUGAAGGAUCUGCAUCGGAUGUCCAAGGAUGCGCAGCACGAGAAGGAGGCGUAUGCCAACCAUGUGAAAUACUCAGAAAACCUGAUUGCCGAUCAGCGCAAAUGCGUGCAGAGUGCGCAUCAUGAGCUGGUUAAUUGGUUUCAAGGCGAUCCGCCUGUAACCAGCGGCGCAUCACUCAAUCUGCCUGUCGCUGUCGCCACGACAGAGGCGUCCACCUCGGCGAUACAACAGCCGCCCCAGUUUGGACAGUUCUACUAGACGACCAAGUGCAUAUAU